AUGAACGCGCAUAUGCAAUCUUCAUUAUCAACCCUCGAAAGCAAAUUGAACCUCCUAAUUACCAGUCUCACUACCUCCCCAACCGCCGCGGGAGCACCAGCCGCAGCGAGCGCCGUCCUGGACGCGGAUGACUCGUUGACAUCGGCCGUCGAAACCCUUCGACAACACCAAGAGAACUACGCCAAGAUACUACGACUCCGCGCGGAAGCCGAAAAGCUGGAGGAAAGAGUGAAGGGCAUUGUCAGUGAUGUGGAAACUCGCGAGAAGGAGAUUCGAACGAUUUGCGGCGACGAGGAAAACGAUACCGAUUCCGAUACCGAAGAUGAUAGCUCCGAUUACGACUCUGAUGAAGAUGUGGAUAUGUCCAAGUCACGAUCAAGGAAAAAGAUGAACAAAGAGGUGGAUUAUAGGCUACUGCUCGAUUUUGCACGGCGUAUCAGCAAGUAUAACCACCAAGCCGCGGCCGAUGCAGCAGCAGGAACACCAGCGGCACAGAAGUUGGAGGACAAACGGCAGCAAAUCGCCGAGCAGGAUGUCGCAAUGACAGGUGUCAACGGCGCUACAGAUACAGAAGAAGGGGCUGAACCGGUUUCAUCGGUAACAAAAGGGGCAACAUCUUGGUUGGACGAGUCCGCGAACAUGACGCGGGAAAUCUAUAUGCUACCAUACCCGGCCGAAGAUCGAAUCCGCAUGGGUCUCAUGGGCCAGAUACAGCUUGCGGCUGCAGAGGGCCGUCCAGGGUUUGAUUUAGACAAUGAGGUGGAACGAUUGAUACGUGAAGCGGAAGGACAGGGGGCUGCGGAAGCCAUCGAACCGGCACAGCCGGGUGAUGAGUCUCGUCGGGUAGAUGAAGCCUCUCAGGCUGCUGCUCAUGCUGGGUCUGCUGCAACCAGUGGUGCGACGAGUGGACCCGCACCUGCUCCAAAACCGAAAGCUACGCUUGAUCUUGAUCUAUACGAUCCAGAGGACGACGAGAUGUGA